GGCUGCGAUUGGCGGCAGCGGGAUGUUCAAACUAGUGUGGGACUACGUGAUUGGCUCCUACUUGCAGCGGCAGGUCGGGCUCGCUCCUCGCCAUCGGGCGGGUUAUUGUCUGGCGGCUCCUGAGGCGGCUCCGCAGCGGACGCGGGACCAGCGACCGGGCUCCGACGCUAUGGCUGGAGGGAAGGCAGGGAAGGACAGUGGGAAGGCCAAGGCCAAGGCGGUGUCGCGCUCCCAGAGGGCAGGGUUGCAGUUCCCCGUUGGCCGCAUCCACCGGCACCUAAAGACCCGGACUACCAGCCACGGGCGAGUGGGCGCCACCGCUGCCGUGUACAGCGCAGCCAUCCUGGAGUACCUGACUGCUGAGGUAUUGGAGUUGGCGGGGAACGCGUCAAAGGACUUGAAGGUCAAGCGGAUCACGCCCCGUCACCUGCAGCUGGCCAUCCGUGGGGAUGAGGAGCUGGACUCCCUGAUCAAAGCCACCAUCGCUGGAGGAGGUGUCAUCCCCCACAUCCAUAAAUCCCUGAUUGGAAAGAAAGGACAACAGAAAACGGCAUAGGGAGGAGGGGGGAGAGCGACCGGCCCCCUCCCCAUCAUCUGGGACAGCAGAAA